AUGAUAGGAAAACUGGAAAGACUUACACCAACUGCAAACAAAGACGCAGAUACCAUGAGGCAUAUCUUAGAUACGCUAUUUCCGACGCAUCCAGAACUCAAGGAUCAAGCAGACUUAGAGCUCAUAGAAGAUGUUAUGUGGAGAGUGGCUCCAUGGUUGGAGAACCACGAACUCGAAGUUGCAGCAAGAAAGACGAAGAUGGUACUAUUGACGAGAAAAGAGAUAGAUACCAUCAUCCCCCUCAAGGUACAAGAAGAAGUAGUAAUGAUAAAGAAUGCCGUGAAAUACCUAAGGGUGACGCUGGAUAGAAAGCUCACGUUUUUGAGCCACCUUAGGCAAGAAGCAAAAAAAGCAGUGGCAAGGGUAGCAGCAUCAAGCCAAAUGUUGCCGAACGUUAGAGGUCCAAAAAUACAAACUGGCCAAGUUCAAAGAAUAGGAGCCUUGAGGAUAGCCUGCGGCUAUCGAUCAGUCUCAGAGUCUGCGGUAAUGGUGAUAGCGGGCGUAAUCUCCAUUGACCUCCUUGCGAGGGAAGGACGAUUGAAGCACCUUACGAAGCAGGACCUAGGGAGAAUGGUGGCCACUAAAAAUGCCCGGGAAAUUACCUGGGAACGCUGGCAACAUAGAUGGCAAGAGAAAACUACAGGAAAAUGGACGGCACGCCUGAUAAAAGAUGUCAAGGAAUUAUCAGGGCAGAAACACGGAGAAGUAGAUGACUACCUAAUCUAA